AUGGAUCUAGAGGAGACUUUCAGGCAUUCGCUGUACACGAGCUAUGGAGAGAAUAAGUGUAUCUUGCUACCUAAGGACGAAUACAUUAAGACCGUUGGCGAGUUGCUGGAAGCCACCCAGGCACCCAAGAAAUCACCGCGUCAGUUUUACUUACUUAAGAAAUAUGAACUACUGCAGUGUGGGGACGUUCAAAAGCUCAUCAGAAAGAACCCAAACCAGGAACAUCCACUGUACUUCGCUACCAUCGAGGAGACCUUUGACAUCAUCAAGCGCGCCCACAUCGCUACUGGUCAUGGAGGACAAGACAAGAUGAUCAAGGAGAUCAACAAGAAGUACGCCAACAUCACCCAGGAUGCUAUUACCUUGUUCAAGUCCAUGUGCAUCGAGUGCCAGAGAAAACGGAAACGGACAACUACCAAGGGAAUUGUCGUCAAACCAAUCCUGUCUAAGGACUUCAGUUCCAGAGCGCAAGUUGACCUCAUCGACAUGCAGUCUAUGUGCCAAGGUCAACACAAAUGGAUCAUGGUGUACCAAGACCAUCUUACCAAGUUCUGCAUCCUGCAUCCUCUCAAGCAUGCAUCGGAAGUAGCUUAUCAAUUGCUGGACAUCUACCUUCUGCUGGGAGCCCCUUCAAUACUACAAAGUGACAACGGGUCCGAAUUCACAGCGCAAGUUAUCACUGAGUUGAAGCAGAUGUGGCCUGAGCUCGUCAUCGUUCAUGGGAAGCCGAAACACCCCCAAAUACAGGGUUCAGUGGAAAGAGCCAAACUGCGACAUAAAAGACAUGUUGAUUGCAUAGAUGAGUGA